UGUUUGUCCAGAGAGCUCGAGACAGUCCACCAGACCGCCACCUGAAAUCUUCAACUCUCAUACACCUGAGUACUUUUGUACCUUUAGGAAAUAUGUCUGCCGUCUACCUCCUCCUCCUGCUGCUCCCUCUGGUGUCAGCACAGACCUACCAUUGGGGUCCCUGUCCUAAUCCCAAGGUGCAGCCCAACUUCAACCUUCAACAGUAUCAGGGCAAGUGGUAUGAGAUCGAGAAGCUCCCUGCGUCCUUUGAAAAAGGAAAGUGCAUCGAGGCCAACUAUGCUUUGAGGAAAGAUGGCACCAUUCAGGUUCUGAACGCACAGUUAUAUAAAGGGAAGGUGAGUGUAGCAGAAGGGACAGCGGUGAUUCGAGACCUGAACGAACCUGCCAAACUUGGAGUCAGCUUCUCGUAUUUUUCGCCCUACUCCCCUUACUGGGUUCUGACCACGGACUACAACAGCUCUUCCGUCGUGUACUCCUGCACCAGUAUCUUAAACAUUUUUCACAUCGACUUUGCCUGGAUCCUCAGCCGAUCUCGCUUCCCACAACCGGAGACCGUCGAAUUUGCCAAAGAUCUGCUGACUAACGAAGGGAUCGACCUGUGCAAGAUGAAGCCCACAGAUCAGAAUGACUGCGGGGAUAAUUAGGGAUUCACCUGUAACUAGUCACAGCAUGGGGCAGGGCUCAACACUGAAUCAAAAGCAUUGUGUAAUGCAAUUAUUGAGCCAACAAAUCUCAGUAAGGUUAGCUUUGAUUUGCAGUUUUCAUCCAUCAUCAUCCAGUCCUCAUGUUGUAAAUAUGUCCUCAUAUCCCUGACAAAAAUUAGUUAAAUCUGCUGUGUUUACAGAUAAUAAAACAGAAACAGCAUUUAUAAAACCUACAAAUAAACACCAAUGCUCAAGGAAGUCUCAAAAGUAUAUUGUAUUGUGAUAUUAGAGACAUGUUAUAUUAUGUGUAAUAAUAUACUACAUAUUCUAGAUGUGAAACAAGCAUAUUUGUGGUGAUUGCACAAAACUUGUGUGGUAGUUAUCUGUGUAUUAAACCUUUAUUCAUUAAGC